AUGGAAGGUGCUCCAAGUCAAGAUUCCACCAAACACUGCAUAGUUGAAGUUUGUAAGAGAGGAAUAGCGACUGGAUGGAGAAAGAUAACUGAUAAUGUACUCAGUAAAGCAGAAACAAAUAGAACCCUGGCUUCAUAUUAUGUAGAUCGCAAAGGCAAGUAUAUGUGUAUAAGCUGUUAUAACGGGAUUGUAGUAAAUGGAAGUGAUAUUUUUAAAAAUUAUGCAUUAGAAUGGGAAAGAGUAUUAAAAAAACAUAGAAAGAAUGGCAAUCUUUCUAUGUCUGAAAGUAUUAUGUUAAUGGCUAAUUUUAUUUUUCAGAGAGAUGUUGUAGAAGAGAAUCAACCUCUCGUUGAAUUUUCACAACUUAG